AUGGCCAGCGGUGGAAGGGACCCAUGUGGAAACAUGGAGGCAGGCAUAUUUGUGAAUGCAGAUAAAUAUAGAUGUUUGCAGUGCCUGUUCGUCUCUCAUGUUUUAUCCCUUGUCCUUCACAUCCUAGGUUUGUUUAAGACUUUGUGUCAAUUAACAUUAAGAUUUGUCUGCAAUUCCGAGAUGUUUAAAGAUCUAAGAAGUAGCACCGUGGAACUCAGUUUCUUGGUUAGGCCUCCUCUAGAAUUCCCAGAAGAUCAGUGUCAAACUGCACCCAAUUUUCAAGAUGUUGUUAUUGACGACGACGGGUCUCAUCAACGAAAAGAAGAGUUGGUGCUAAAAGAAGAUGGAGAAAGAAGCAAGCUCAAGUCGCCAUCUUCAGGAGAAUUCAACGUUGCUGAUGAUGAAAACGAUGAUGGGUUCAAGACUCCAACUUCUUUGGAUCAUAGAAUUCCAGCCAUUCUCAAGUGCCCACCUGCACCAAGAAAACCGAAAUCUCUCCCAAUUAAAUCGCCAAAACGAAAAGCCUUUCGCCGAAGAAUCCUACUCGAUUUGACGAAAGAGAUGGAGUCUUUAUUCCCUCCAGCUCUUCUUGCAGAUCUAGGGAACAAGAUUAAGAAAGUCAGAUAA